CAUGUGAUGUGAUCGAGAGCUUCGCAACAGCCGCUAAAUGGACCUGGAGUUUCAGCGGGGACUCGCUGAGGGAGGCAGCGAAGGAAGAGAGAGAGAUCUCGGCCGGUCAUGUAAGAAGCAGCAGCACCGUCUUCGGUUUCCUCUCCAGUGUUUUUACGCGCGGACAGAUGGGAGCGGUGCGCCCGGAGCGGUGCGCUCUGCCGCGGCUCUGCCUCCACCUCUGCCUCCUGCUCCUGCAGGGCUCCUCUGUGUCCACCUCAGCGUCCUGGGACCUGGUUCUCCUCCACACCAACGACGUACACGCCCGGGUGGAGCAGACCAGCAAGCACUCCGGGAAAUGCGGCAGCAGCGGCGGGUGUUUCGCCGGGGUGGCCCGGAGAGCCACGAUGAUCAAGAAGAUCCGCAGCAGCGAGAGCAACGUGCUGCUGCUGGACGCCGGAGACCAGUUCCAGGGGACCGUCUGGUUCAAUUACUACAAGGGAGCCGAGGCUGCACAUUUCAUGAACAAGCUGCGUUAUGAUGCCAUGGUUUUUGGAAAUCAUGAGUUUGACAACGGAGUGGAAGGACUCAUGAAGCCGUUCAUGGAGGAAAUCAAGUGCCCUGUUCUCAGCGCUAACAUCAAAACAGACGAAACCCUGGCCCGGACGUUUGGCAACUCUUAUUUACCUUUUAAGAUAUUUACAGUUGGCAGUGAGAGGGUGGGCGUGGUGGGAUACACGUCACAGGAAACUCCUGCUCUGUCCAGACCUGGACCGCACCUGCGGUUCGAGGACGAGGUGAACGCUCUGCAGCUGCAGGUGAACAAACUGCAGACGCUGGGAGUCAAUAAGAUCAUCGCUCUGGGUCACUCGGGCUUCACUGUGGAUCAGAAGAUCGCCAAGAAGGUCCGCGGAGUCGACGUGGUCAUCGGUGGACACAGCAACACUUUCCUCUUCACAGGACCACCUCCUUCCUCUGAGUUCCCGGCCGGUCCUUAUCCGUUUAUGGUGGAAUCAGACGACGGGCGGCAGGUUCCAGUCGUGCAGGCCUACGCCUUUGGAAAAUAUUUGGGUUAUCUGAAGGUGACAUUUGAUGAUGCUGGGAAUGUAGUGCAGUCCACAGGAAACCCCAUACUGCUGGACAGCAGCGUCCAAGAGGAUCCAGAAGUUCUCGCCGAUGUGGAGGAAUGGAAAAAGAAUCUGGCCAACUACUCGGCUCAGGUGGUGGGAAAGACUCUGGUCUUCCUCAACGGGACCGCCGAAGAGUGUCGAUUUCGGGAAUGCAACCUGGGAAACCUCAUCUGUGAUGCUAUGAUCGACAACAACAUCAGAUUCUCAGACGAUGCCCAGUGGAACCACGUCAGCGCCUGCAUGUUAAACGGAGGAGGCGUCCGCGCGUCCGUUGACGAGCGCACCAGGAACGGUUCGAUCACCAUGGAGGACCUGAUCUCCGUCUUACCUUUCGGAGGAACCUUCGACCUGGUGCAGCUGAAGGGCUCCACGCUGAGGAAAGCUUUCGAACACUCAGUGAGACGAUACGGCCAGAGCAGCGGAGAAUUCCUUCAAGUGUCCGGAUUUCAUGCAGAGUUUGACCUCGCCAAACCCCCGGGGCAGCGCGUGAAGAGCCUCAGAAUCCUCUGCACAAAAUGCCAAGUUCCUCACUACGAACCCGUUGAGGACGACACGGUUUAUAAAGUGGCGCUGCCGUCCUACAUGGUGACGGGCGGAGACGGAUUCUCCAUGAUCAGGAACGAGACGCUCAAGCACGACAGCGGUGAUUUGGACAUCUCAGUCGUGUCCAGCUACAUCACGCAAAGAAAGAUUGUUUAUCCAUCUGUUGAAGAACGCAUCAAGAUCUACAACGCAGCUUCUGGACUGCGGGGGCAAACAGCUCCACUGGUUUUACUGGUUUCACUGGGGCUGCUCUGGACUCUGUGUGGCAGCAUGUAAGGCUGACUUCACCCAGAAACACAAGAGGACAGAAAAAGGUUUUUAACCAAACUGCAUGUGAACGUGAAGUAUUAGCAGCUCUAAUGGAUGUAAUCCUGCAGGACUGAAAAUCUCACUUCGCAGAAAUAUGAUGUUACUUUACUUUUAAUCCUAUUUUACAAGUAUUUUAAAACACAAGGUAAGCUCUGGUGCGACUUAUUUUAUAAUGUCAGACAGCGCACCAGCACAAGAAUGAGUUUCCCAACCAGAUUGUUUGGGAGUGUCUUGAAACUCCAUGUGGACCAAGUUUGGACAAAACAGCAAAAACAACACCCAAGGCAACUUAAACGCUGCAGUUCCCAUAACGACGACGACGAGGUGGCCUCAGGAACUGUAUUGAGUUGAGGGAAAUUUCUAUCGAGAAUCAUGAAAUAAAAACACUUUACACAAGAA